AUGCGGCUGCUCGAUACGCACACGGGGGCCUUCGUAUGGAUCAACAAUCCGUCCGACGUGCGGUACGCCAUCCUCUCGCAUACCUGGUCCCCCGACGGCGAGCAGCCGUACCAGGACCUCCUCAAGAUCCAGGCGGCGCGCGACCAGGACGCAUCACAGGAGUCCCAGGAGACAUUACAGGAGUCCCAAGAGACCUCCUUUUUGGACGACCCCGCCGUGUCCUACAAGAUACGUGGUGCGUGCGCGGCGGCGCGCGAGGACGGCUACGCGUUCAUCUGGAUCGACUCGUGCUGCAUCGACCAGUCGAGCAGCGCGGAGCUCUCGGAGGCGAUCAACUCCAUGUUCGAGUGGUAUCGCAUGGCAAGCGUGUGCUACGCGUACUUGUCUGACGUCGAGGACGACGAUGACGUCCUCGCUGAGGGCUCCCAGUUCGCGUGCAGCCGAUGGCAUACCCGCGGGUGGACCCUGCAGGAGCUCCUCGCUCCGGCCGUCGUGGUCUUCCUCACGCAGCGCUGGAACGCGUUCGGCACAAAAACAUCGCUUGCGGACAUCCUGGAGCGAAUCACUGGCAUCGACCGCGCAGUGCUCACCGGCGAAGCCACGCUCGAUAGCGUCAGCGUCGCGCGACGCAUGUCCUGGGCCGCGACGCGCACGACCACACGUCCGGAGGACGAGGCGUACGCGCUCAUGGGCCUCUUCGACGUCAGCCUUCCGACAAUAUACGGCGAGGGCCGACGUGCGUUCCUCCGGCUUCAGGAAGAGAUCCUGCGCAACAUCCCGGACCAGAGCAUCCUCGCCUGGCGUGGGCCGCUUACGCGAACGACGACGCUCCCGUGCGGCGGCUGGGGCCUCCUUGCGCGCUCGCCUGCGGACUUCGAGCACGCCGCAGACAUCACCCCGGUGUCAGACGAGGACUUCGCGGCACGGCUUGGCCUGCCUUUCACGACCCUUCUGCCAGGGUUGCACUAUGCGCUGACCCCGCAUGGAGUCCGGACGCGCUUUUAUGCUGCUCAUGCACGACACCUGGAGGGCGCCCCUGCGUUUGUCGGAUGUCCCGCGCGCGAUCGCACCCUGGACGCGAAGGGUGGCUCCGCUUAUGACUUCUGCGCGAUCCUCCCGUGCCAAGACGGGAGUGGCCGGCUCGUCGCGCUUCCGCUCUGCGUCUCCGCGAACCCGGGCACGCCUGGGUUAUUGGUAGGAACCUGUCGUGAAGGCUUCGCGCACUGCGCGUUCACCGCCCGGACGUUUGCGCUCGACCCGGACGACAUCGGCGCAUGCCUAUCGUUGUUCACCGUAAUGGAGCUCUGCGUGCAGCUCUCGCUAGCACAUGCUCCUGGGCGCGGUGCGGGCGGCCAGAUUGCUUGGACGUGCUCUCCGACAGCGUGGACACGUUUAAAACUCGCGCCGUACCCGUGGUGCUCCUCGGUGCUCUCCAGACAGGGAUACCGACUAACAUACGACCCGCCUACACAUCCGAGAGCGCACGAACGCACGCAUAUUCACGUCCUCAAACUCCAAGACCGAGCGGCCCACGACAGUGUGUCCAUUCACAUCGACUUCGUGUGGCAUCGACAGUCCGGAGGCUCCUAUGUCUUCCCUGCGUUCCGGGUGUUGUACCACCCACGCUCUUACGAUCAUAGCACGGAGGGAGGGGCCAGGGAGUCGCAGGCAUUGGCGUGUGCAUGUGGGGCCGAGACAGCGCACUCGCAUGUGUCCCUCACGGGCUCCCAGGAGGUCGCUCGGUCGCACUACGAGUUCCAGCACGCCCCAGAUAUCUCCCCCGGUGCGUUGCAUUUGACCCUGGCUCGUGAGCACCGCCUGGACAAAGGCCCCGACUCGGAUUUUUGGCUCACAAUCGAGGUGUCUGGCACAUUCUUCGCGGGCCCAAUGUCUACUGCAGAUUCGGACUCUUCCUCACAGUAA